AUGGUCACCCAAGACAUCCUGCAGCAGCCUGAGGAGCAGCAAAGUCAUCAGAUGACCUGGCUGCUGGAGGAGAUGGAGAAGAGGAGCCAGGAGCCACAUGGGUUUCCCCAGGAAGCACAGUUACACAAACAACUGGACCAGCACACGCAAGGAAGUGCUGAGCUGUGGUACAAAGAUCUGUCGCCACAAAGCAACUGUGGAGACAGUCAGCUUUUUAACCUGAAUCGCUGCCAGAGAAAACUUCCACCUGGGCUCGAGUCCCGGGGCUGCAGCCGCCCUCACCGCGACGCUGCGUGCGGUUCCGACUCCAUCGUCAGCUUCUGUGGUCUGAGGCUGUUCCGGGUUCCUCUGACAAAGAUGAGGUUGACCUGCUCUGCCCUUUCUCCCGUGCUGUGUGGGGCCAAACCAUCACUAGCAGCUGCCCUGCUGCUACUAGAACUGACAGAUACUCAGAAAAGCGUGGAAGAUGAAAUUGAAUCAAUUCUGCAGGAGCGGAUAAUGAUUUUGGAUGGAGGCAUGGGUACCAUGAUCCAGCAACAUGCCCUGUCAGAAGAAGAUUUCAGAGGGAACGAAUUUAAAGAUCAUCCCAGGUCUUUGAAAGGCAAUAAUGACCUUCUCAGUAUAACUCAACCUGAUAUAAUCUGUGACAUACACAAGGAAUACUUGUUGUCAGGUGCUGACAUCAUUGAAACAAACACUUUCAGCAGCACCCGAGUUGCACAAGCUGACUAUGGCCUUGAGCAUUUGGCAUAUCGGUUAAACAAAGUCUCCGCACAGGUGGCCAGAAAAGCAGCAGAUGAUGUAACUGCUCAGACAGGAAUCAGGAGAUAUGUUGCUGGAGCCAUGGGUCCAACAAACAGGACACUCUCUGUGUCACCAUCUGUGGAGAGACCUGAUUACAGAAACAUAACUUUUGAUGAACUGGUUGAGGCCUAUAAGGAACAAGCCAAAGGACUUUUGGAUGGAGGAGUUGAUAUCUUGUUAGUGGAAACUAUAUUUGAUACAGCUAAUGCAAAGGCAGCUAUUUUUGCACUCCAGACGUUGUUUAAGGAAGAAUAUGCUCCCCGACCCAUAUUUGUUUCUGGAACCAUUGUGGAUAAGAGUGGGCGUACCCUCUCAGGGCAGACAGGAGAGGCAUUUGUCAUUAGUAUUUCCCACAGUAAGCCACUUUGUAUCGGCUUAAAUUGUGCAUUAGGGGCAGUUGAAAUGCGACCGUUCAUUGAAACAAUUGGAAAAUGUACAACAGCCUACAUCAUCUGUUACCCCAAUGCAGGUCUUCCUAAUACUUUUGGUGGUUAUGAUGAAACUCCAGAAGUAACUGCCAAACAUAUAAAGAAUUUUGCUUUGGAUGGUUUGGUCAACAUAGUUGGAGGUUGCUGUGGUACUACACCAGCACAUAUCAGGAAAAUUGCCGAAGCUGUGAAAUUCUGUAAGCCUCGCAUUCCACCCUCUCUUUCUCAAGGAUAUAUGCUGCUGUCAGGUCUGGAGCCAUUCAGGAUUGGGCCAUACACCAACUUUGUUAAUAUUGGUGAACGCUGCAAUGUUGCAGGAUCACGGAAGUUUGCUAAACUCAUCAUGGCAGGCAACUAUGAAGAAGCCCUGAGCGUAGCCAAGUUGCAAGUUGAGAUGGGGGCCCAGGUUCUUGACAUCAAUAUGGAUGAUGGGAUGCUGGAUGGCCCUGCUGCAAUGACCAGAUUUUGCAACUUGAUUUCUUCAGAACCUGAUAUUGCAAAGGUGCCAUUAUGCAUUGACUCCUCAAAUUUUUCAGUGAUUGAAGCAGGUUUGAAAUGUUGCCAAGGGAAAUGCAUUGUAAACAGCAUCAGUCUGAAGGAAGGAGAGGAAGACUUUUUGGAGAAAGCAAGGAAAAUAAAGUUGUAUGGAGCAGCUGUGGUUGUCAUGGCUUUUGAUGAAAUGGGGCAGGCAACAGAGACAGAAACCAAGAUUGCAAUCUGCUCCAGAGCGUAUCACCUCCUUGUGGAUGAAGUGCUCUUCAAUCCAAAUGAUAUAAUAUUUGACCCUAACAUCUUGACCAUAGGAACUGGAAUGGAAGAACAUAACCUAUAUGCCAUUAAUUUUAUCAAUGCUACUAAAACCAUAAAAGAAACUCUUCCAGGAGCCAGGAUAAGUGGAGGUCUUUCCAAUCUGUCUUUCUCCUUUCGAGGAAUGGACGCCAUUCGAGAAGCAAUGCAUGGGGUGUUCCUUUACCAUGCAAUUAAGUGUGGCAUGGACAUGGGAAUUGUGAAUGCUGGGAAUCUGCCAGUGUAUGAUGAUAUCCACAAGGAACUGCUACAGCUGUGUGAGAAUCUAAUCUGGAACAAAGAUCCUGAUGCGACAGAGAAACUUUUACAUUAUGCUCAGAAUCACGCCCAAGGAGGAAGAAAAGUUGUACAGACUGAUGAGUGGCGGAAAAGUUCGGUGGAGGAAAGGCUGGAAUAUGCUCUCAUAAAGGGAAUUGAGAAUGUCACUGCAGAUACAGAAGAAGCAAGAUUAAAUCAGGAAAAAUAUCCGAGACCUCUAAAUGUAAUUGAAGGGCCUUUGAUGAAUGGCAUGAAAAUAGUUGGUGAUCUUUUUGGUGCUGGAAAGAUGUUUCUGCCUCAGGUGAUAAAGUCUGCUCGAGUUAUGAAGAAAGCAGUUGGCCACCUUAUUCCCUUUAUGGAAAAAGAAAGAGAGGAAAGGAGAGCUGAAAAAGGCAGCAUAGAGGAAGAGGAUCCUUAUCACGGUACAAUAGUACUAGCGACUGUGAAAGGAGACGUACAUGAUAUUGGCAAGAACAUUGUGGGAGUCGUUCUGGGCUGCAACAACUUCAGAGUUAUUGAUUUAGGAGUCAUGACUCCAUGUGAUAAGAUAUUGAGAGCUGCUGUUGAGAACAAAGCAGAUAUAAUUGGCCUAUCUGGUCUCAUCACCCCUUCUUUGGAUGAAAUGAUUUUUGUCGCCAAGGAAAUGGAGAGAUUGGCAAUAAAGAUUCCUUUGCUGAUUGGAGGAGCAACGACUUCUAAAACACACACAGCUGUUAAAAUUGCCCCACGAUAUAGUGCACCUGUAGUUCAUGUCCUGGAUGCAUCCAAGAGUGUUGUGGUUUGCUCCCAGCUCUUAGAUGAAAAUGUAAAGGAUGAUUUCUUUGAAGAAAUAUUAGAGGAAUAUGAAGAAAUUAGACAAGAACACUAUGAGUCUCUAAAGGAAAGAAGAUAUUUGUCUUUACAGCAAGCUAGAAGAAAAGGUUUCCAUAAUGACUGGUUAUCAGGCCAUAAACCAGUGAAACCAAAAUUCAUUGGGACAAAAGUCUUCGAAGAUUAUGACCUGAAUAGGCUGGUAGAAUACAUAGACUGGAAGCCUUUUUUUGACGUCUGGCAACUCAGGGGAAAGUAUCCCAACCGGGGUUUCCCUAAAGUUUUUAAUGAUAAAACUGUAGGUGAAGAAGCAAAGAGAGUUUAUAAUGAUGCUCAAAAUCUACUGAAAACGUUGAUUAAUGAAAAGAAAUUACAAGCUAGAGGAGUGAUUGGGUUCUGGCCAGCUCAAAGUGUUCAAGAUGAUAUCCAUAUAUAUGCUGUAGAAGAGGCAGUGGAAUCUUCGGAACCAAUUGCAAAAUUUUAUGGCUUGAGGCAACAGGCUGAAAAGGACUCGGCCUGUACAGACCCAUAUUACUGCCUCUCUGACUUCAUAGCACCUCUGGAUUCUGGCAUUUGUGACUACUUAGGCCUGUUUGCUGUGGCCUGCUUUGGUGUAGAUGAGUUAUGCAAUGAAUUUAGGAAACAGGAUGAUGAAUACAACAUCAUAAUGGUGAAGGCUCUUGGUGAUCGGUUGGCAGAGGCAUUUGCAGAGGAGCUCCAUGAAAGAGUUCGCCGGGAAUUCUGGGCUUACUGUAGUACUGAGCAGCUAGAUCUCUCUGACCUACGCAGAAUUAAAUAUGAGGGAAUUCGCCCCGCCCCUGGAUAUCCAAGCCAGCCUGACCAUACAGAAAAACUCACCAUGUGGAAACUUGCAAACAUUGAGGAAACAACAGGAAUUGGUUUAACCGAAUCACUAGCAAUGAUACCUGCUUCUGCAGUUUCUGGCCUCUACUUUUCCAGUCCCAAAUCCAAAUAUUUUGCUGUUGGCAAGAUAUGUAAAGAUCAGGUUGAAGAUUAUGCACGAAGAAAAAAAUUGUCUGUGGCAGAGGUGGAGAAAUGGCUGGGACCCAUUUUGGGAUAUGAUACUGAAUAA